GGAGAGGAGGGGGUGGAUAUACACGAGCUGAAUAGAGGUCAUGAAAGCGCGAUGUGACAUCUCGACAACGUGAAGUAUUCUUCGUGUUAUUCACCUGGGAGGCUGCGAGUUAAUGGACGCUCCCCCUCACGCCGCUAUCCGUCCGCCCGCGCGGAGAGACUCGCACCGUUCCAGUGCUAUGGAAACGGGAGAGAUGGAGCAAGCGCUCGACAGAGGGGGAUACCCGGCACCUCAGCGCUGCCUCGGGCAUUUGAUCAGCGGGGGCUCUGUAGUGAAUGCCGAGGCAGUAUGGGACCAUGUGACCAUGGCUGACCGGGAGCUGGCCUUCAAGGCUGGCGAUGUCAUCAAGGUGUUGGACGCCUCGAAUAAGGACUGGUGGUGGGGUCAAAUCGACGAGGAGGAGGGCUGGUUUCCUGCCAGCUUCGUCAGGGUGGAGUCCCACCCCCCUCAAACCAAACAGCUUUUUUAUAUCAACCCUGUCGCUGCAUCACGCUUCACAAACACCACGGCUAAGUUAUGGGUAAAUCAGGAGGAAAACAGCGUAGUCGAGGUUGCCGAAAGCUCCAGCGAGGUGCAGAAUGGCCAUGCAGAGGCCAGUCCGAACCCCAGCACCGACUGCUUGUGUCUGGGCCAGCCCACUCAGAACCGGGACCAGAUGAGGGCCAAUGUCAUCAAUGAGAUCAUGAGCACAGAACGACAUUACAUCAAACACCUGAAGGACAUCUGUGAGGGGUAUCUCCGUCAGUGUAAAAAGAGAAGAGACAUGUUUAACGACGAUCAGCUGAAAGUGAUCUUUGGAAAUAUCGAAGAUAUUUACAGAUUCCAGUUGAGCUUCGUCAGAGACCUGGAGAAACAGUUUAACACGGAAGAACCUCAUCUCAGCGAGAUCGGACCUUGCUUUUUGGAACACCAAGAUGGAUUCUGGAUCUACUCGGAAUACUGUAACAACCACGUUGAUGCCUGCAUGGAGCUCACACGUCUCAUGCGAGACGCGCGAUACCAGCACUUCUUCGAAGCUUGCCGAUUGGUUCAGCAGAUGAUCGACAUCGCCAUUGAUGGCUACCUGCUCACACCAGUCCAGAAAAUCUGCAAAUACCCUCUACAGCUGGCAGAGUUACUGAAAUACACAGUACAAGAACACAGUGAUUAUCGGUAUGUGGCUGCUGCGCUAGCUGUAAUGAGAAAUGUCACUCAGCAAAUCAACGAACGCAAACGAAGGCUUGAGAACAUUGACAAAAUCGCCCAAUGGCAGGCCUCUGUACUGGACUGGGAGGGUGAGGAUAUUCUGGACAGGAGCUCAGAGCUUGUGUACACUGGGGAGAUGUCCUGGAUAUAUCAACCAUAUGGGCGCAGCCAAACCAGAAUCUUCUUCCUAUUCGAUCAUCAGAUGGUCCUCUGUAAGAAGGAUCUCAUUCGCCGUGAUAUUCUCUACUAUAAGGGUCGGAUUGACAUGGAUCGAUAUGAGGUCAUUGACGCAGUCGAUGGCCGAGAUGAUGAUUUUAACGUUAGCGUGAAAAACGCCUUCAAACUGGCCAACAGAGACACAGACGAGAUCCAUCUGUUCCUGCCCAAAAAGCUGGAGGAGAAAAUCCGUUGGCUUCGGGCGUUUCAAGAGGAAAGAAAGAUGGUCCAGGAAGAUGAGAAGAUUGGGUUUGAAAUCUCUGUAUAUCAGAAGAAACAAGCCGCCUUGACCGUUAGGAGAGUCACCAAACAGAAAGGUGUGGGCCGGUCAGGCCCCCCAGCGCACCCACCUCCUUUGGACCCCAUGAACCCCGGGAAGUACCUCCUCCCUGACGGCUACGGGCAGGCGGACGGAUAUGAAUACGAGCCCAAACGCAGCACAUCUCCCUUCUGGCAGAACUUCAGUCGGUUAGCUCCCUUUAAAAAAUAGAACACACAUCCACCAGGGGUCGGAUACACCAGCCUCUGUAUACUUGGAAAAGCACUAUUCUACGUAAGAUACACCUGCGGGACUUGAGGAGGACCGACACACACACAAACUACCGGAGAGAGGACGGACCUCACUUUACUGGAGUUUACCAGGCGUAUUACUUUUACUGGGGUUAUGGGGACACCUUGCUGGGCUGGCUGCACUGAAUACUGCACACGACAUGUAAUUCACCGAAAAAAUCACGCAAACGCACACGCAAAACAUACAUUUUAUUCCUCGGCACUCUCUUUUUAGAGAGGUUUUAAAUGAUGAAAUAUGGAAAAUCUCUUAUGGUUUCUUCUUCUCUAUACAAAUCGACAGAUAGCGAAUUUUCACCGUUUGAAGCACUAAACCACGGUAAUGACUCUUGCUCUCUAGCGCCGCCCUGGUGUUCCUCCGUGCACUGUGACUAUUCGGGGCAUUGUCUCUCACCCAAUCUCUCUUUUUCUCUCUCGAUCUCAUACUCCACAUUAUCACGUGUUUUUCCAACAGUUUCAAGUCUGGUCAAAGCUGAAGAUUUUUUUUUUUCCUGGACAAUUUCUCCUUGGAUGGAACCUGCUGCACUCUUUAGUUUGUUUUGCAUGAGAUUCAGUUCAUUGCAGGUAUUUUUAUUUGUGUAAUUCUAUUCGUACGGGUCUCAAAGAACAGUGGAUCACGGUCUGCAAAUUUGUCGCGCAAGUUGCUUACACUGGUCACGGUCUACUGGAAAUACGGAUAUUGGAACAACUUUGACAUUCAGAGAAACCUUCAAUCAAUCGAGUUAAAAGUCAUUUUGGUUUGUUGGAGCCUUUAGAUACCUUGAUUAAACUACAGACCAGAGAAACCUGAAGGAGGAACUGUUUUGCUCUGAACAGUGGACCUCUGUAGCGUGUUUACGUCAGAGCCUUGUUUCUCCUGAGGUCUCGGUCUUGGUUUCACCAUUGUUUCCUCUCUCCCGUCAUAAGUGCAAUCUGACAGAAGACCGGAAAACCUAAAAAAAAAAGUAAUAAUGCCACCUCUGAGCCCUGCCUUCAUUUUAUGAGGAAUGAUACUUGGACCAAGGCAACUUUAAUCCUGCUGAUCAACUUCAUAAUGACGUGCCAAUUCAUCUCUAACAUGCCAAAAUAGUCUGGUUGGCAAAAACAGGUGCAUUGACAUGUGCAAAUGCCAACCCCUUGAGCUGGUACCCCGCCAUGUGACUUCUCAGGCGAAAAUUAAGUCAGUGAAAUUUGGUUAUCGCUGCUAGGAUUAGCAUGACAUAGCGUUUCAGUUUUUUUAUUUUUUUAUUUUUU